AUGUCGAAGACGAAGCUCAAGGGCCUGUCGACCGACGCGAAGCCGCUCGUGAUGCUCGCCGAGGUCAACCAGGCGCUGACCGUCGGGAGGACGCCGCGCGAGGGCCUGCAACGGGCGCUGGAGAUCCUCGAUCACGACUACGGCGUGAUCCGCAGCGCGGUCGUCCUCGCCGACGCGAACUCGGGGCGCCUGCGGGUGGAAAACUCCGCCGGCGUGCCCGACGAAGGCAGACAUGCCGAAUGGGAGAUGGGCGAGGGGAUCACGGGCCGCGUCGUCGCCAGCGGCAAGCCCGUGGUCAUUCCCCAGAUCAGCCAGGAGCCGGCUUUCCUGCACCGGACCGGCCGCCGGCCCCAGGGCGCGCGCUCCGAGAUCACCUUCAUGUGCGUGCCGAUCCCCGGGGCGCGCAAGGCGCUGGGCUCGCUCAACAUCGAUUUUCCGUUCGAACGGGCGCGCCAGUACGACCGCGACCUGCACGUCUGUCGCGUGGUGGCCAGCAUGUUCGGGCAGGCGAUCCGCCUGAAGGAGGCGGCCGAGGUCGAACGCCAGCACCUCCUGGCCGAGAACACGCACCUGAAGGCGGAGCUGAAGGAACGCUACGACUUCUCCCAGAUCAUCGGGACCAGCGGACCGAUGCGGCAGGUGUACGAGCAGAUCGCGCAGGUCACCGGCACGAAUACCACGGUGCUGGUCCGCGGCGAGUCCGGCACCGGCAAGGAGCUGCAUCGCGCACGCCAUCCACUACAACUCCCGCGCGCCAAGAAGCCGUUCAUCAAGGUGAGCUGUGCCGCUCUGCCCGAUUCCCUGAUCGAGGCCGAGCUCUUCGGCCACGAGAAGGGCGCGUUCACCGGCGCCGCGGCGCGCAAGAAGGGACGCUUCGAGCUGGCCGACGGAGGCACGCUGUUCCUCGACGAGAUCGGCGACAUCAACCUGUCCACGCAGGUCAAGCUGCUGCGCGUGCUGCAGGAGAAGGAGUUCGAGAGGCUCGGCGGCGUGACGCCCGUCAAGACCAACGUGCGCCUGAUCGCAGCCACCAACGCCGACCUCGAGAAGGCCAUCGCCGCCGGAACCUUCCGUGAGGAUCUGCACUACCGCGUCAACGUUUUCACGAUCUUCUACUCCGUCGAGCACGGCAAGAGCGUCAAGCGAAUCUCGACGCCGGCCAUCGACAUGCUGAUGGCGUACCACUGGCCGGGCAACGUCCGCGAGCUCGAAAACAGCAUCGAACGGGCCCUGCUCGUCUGCGACGGCAGCGUCAUCCACGGCCACCACCUGCCGCCGAGUCUGCAGACCAGCGAGGCCACGGGCACGGUGACCCGCGUCGCGCUGUCCGAUGCGGUCGGCGCCUACGAGAAGGACCUGAUCCAGGACGCGUUGAAGACCACGCGCGGGAACCGGGUCAAGGCGGCAAGGCUCCUCGAUUCGACCGAGCGCAUCAUCAGCUACAAGGUCAAGAAGUACGAGAUCGAUUGCCGACGAUUUCGGUAA